GGGGCCCCGCCGUGCCCCGGCAGGGGCGGCUCUGGCGGCGGAUAGGGCGCUCCCCUCCGCCCUCGCGGCUCGGCCGUUAGAGCGGGGCGGCUCUCGCGAGAGGCGGCGCCAUGGGGGCGCACGGUGUCAAGGCGGUGUUCUUCGACUUGGACAACACGCUGGUCGACACGGCGGCGGCCGGGCGGCGCGCCAUCGAGGAGGUGAUCAGUGCCCUGCAGUCAAAGCACCGCUACGGCGAGGGGGAAGCCCGCGUGAUCUGCGAUAAGGUCCAGGCCAAGCUUCUCAAGGAGUGUCACGAUCCCGCCAAGAUGUGCAUCACCGACCUGCGGAUUUCGCACUGGGAGGAGGCGAUCCAGGAGACGAUCGGGGGGGAGGUGAACCGAAGCCUGGCCGCCGAGUGCUAUUUCCUGUGGAAAACGACCCGCCUCCAGCACCUCACCCUGGCCGAGGACACGCGGGGCAUGCUCACCGAGCUGCGGAAAAGGGUCCGCUUGCUGCUCUUGACGAACGGGGACAAACAGACGCAGAGGGAGAAGAUCGAAGCAUGCGCCUGUCAGCCCUACUUCGAUGCCAUCGUUGUGGGAGGAGAGCAGAAAGAGGAGAAACCGGCGCCAUCCAUAUUUCAUUACUGUUGCGAUCUCCUGGGGGUGCAGCCUGCAGAGUGCGUUAUGGUUGGUGACUCUCUAGAUACAGAUAUUCAAGGAGGCCUGAAUGCUGGCUUGAAAGCAACUGUCUGGUUAAACAAAGCAAUGACUACCCCUGUAGAUACCUCCCCAGUACCUCAUUAUAUUAUUUCUUCUGUUCUGGAUCUUCCAGCAGUUUUACAGAAGGUGGAGCACAAAAUUAAUGCUAACUUAGGAACUGACCAUAUGGCUAGUAGUAAUGAAGCACAUUGAUGGUUCCAGCGUACUACAAUCAGAGACAUGCUGAGCUGUUAGGUGACUCACGCUCUUUUAAAAAAUUUGAUCCUAGGAUUUUGAACUCGUGUACGGUAUGCUUUCUUAAACAGCAGAUGGGUGAAUAAGAGCAGUUGUCAGUGAAAACAGGAUAGAAACAAAGAAUUAGAUUAAUUUGAAAGAUGCAAGUGCGGUUAAUUUAAAACAACUGCCUCUGUCCGGAAAUUAUUUUGACAGACUGUGGCUAACGUCUAUCUGUCUCUGACCUAAGUUGCCAGUUUCUUGUUUUUAUAGUGGAAAAGAAAAUUUGAAUGUUUUGAUCUUUCACAUGCUUUGCUGACUUGUAAGUUUAGCAGAAGCUUCAGUUCAAACCUUGUUUGCAGUGUGUAAGAGGAGGUGAGAAAGAGAGUUUGGUACAAUCUGGUAAAUCUUCGCAAUUGAUCUGCAGUUUAUCUCAGGAACUGGAGUGAAUUUUGCUAUUUCUAAAACCAGAAGUUACUGACAGAAACCAUUAGCAAAUGCUCUACCUUUGAUCUUUUUUCAAGUUUUCAAGUUUUAGAAUUUUUUUUCAGACUUUGCAGUGACUUUUCUUUUAUGGAAUCUGUACCUCUUGCCAAAAGUACUUAAAUGUACAUGAAAAAUUUUCAUUUGUGUAGGGGACCAUUUAUCAGAGGGACUUGAUGGAUGAGUUUUUACUUUUUAUUAUCUUGGUGCUUAUGGAGAUAUGCAGUAUACUUGUAAUUCAGAUUAUGAUUUUUGUUGGAAUGUAAUUGAUAAAACAGGGAUAUUUUCAAUGGUCUUACUGUACUGUCAGACUCUUUAAAAGCUAAUAUUAUUGUUCUGUCUGAUUUUAUUAUGGAAUUUUGAUCAGACUUUUUGGAGAAACUGUUCUUGGUCUUGCUCAGGUGUAUGACUACUCAGAUUCAACUGCAGGAUUAGUGCUUUUUUUGACUGUUUUAAUGACACUGCUAUACAAUCCCUCCUUACUCCAGUUUCUACAUGUAUUUCAUGUCAUUUAACUCUGGAGAAAAUAUGAGCUAGUUGUUUGUAAAUGGCUUUCACGACUCUCUUCCAGGAAAUUGGAAAAUUAUGUCAUGUGUAUUACAGUACUGUGUACAACUUUAUAGUGUAUAUGUGCUAUAUUUCCACUAGAUACGGGAGAUGACUCUCUAAAACACCAAGAUUUCUCUUUCCCAGAUCAUUAUCUUAAUUAAUUUUUCUGUACUUCAUAUUCUUACUAUAUAAUGGGGAAGUAUUCACAUAUUAAAUGGAAAUGUAAUCACUUGUUGGAAAACCUGUGUUUUUCAAAACCUAUUUGCUAUAUAUACAUUGGGCUGAAUAUCUGACCGUGUAUGAGCAAUCAAAUUUUGUAUUUUAGAAUAAAUCCAUGACAAAUCUUUUGAGAAUGGGGAUAUUGAGGUGCUGGCAGAGGAGUGUCUGGCAUGUGGGCAGCAAUAAAAGAUCAGCAAAAAGUACAGAAACCUACCAGGAAAUGGGUGUGUAGAAGGAAUCCUGUAUACAAGAAAGGUUCCUUUGUUUAACUUGACAUGAAUUUAAGUUGAUGUAGUUAAGUCUUGCAUAGGAUGACAGAUUCAGUUUAGAGGCGGCUGUUACUGAUGUGAGUUAAAUUAUUUGGCAAAGAGUUGAGGUUGCAUCAAAAUGUUGCUCCUAUAUUAUGCGGAGUGGGGGGUGGGGGAAAUACUCAUUGAAGUUUGAACCCCUUUCUUCCAAUUGUCCCUUAAAAAAGGUAAAGCAGUCCAGGUUCUUCGUGUUAUCUAGCCAAGACCUUUGUGGCAUCAGGAUCAAUGAAGAGAACAGAGGCAGGCCCCUCCUGUACCUUUGAGGAAAUGGGCAUAUGCUAGAAAUUAUCCAGUUAAUUACAGUGGUAUAAUAAGUUGCCACAUGUAACAUGAGCCAGUGGGACUGACUUGACACACCUUUGUUACUGAAAUAAGAGGCCUAAGUUAAGGUUUUAUUUUGCAUUUGGAAGAGCAAGAAAAUGGUCAAUAUUUUAGCUGGUGAGCAAAGCGUUGCUAAUAACAUUCCUUAAAACCAGGGAUUGAGAGAAAAAUAAUAAAGAUCAUUGAGCCCCUGAGGAAUAUUGUGUAAAAAUAGAAAUGUAUCCAAAAGGUUAGAUGGGUCCCUGAAAAGAUAAUAUAUUUGAAGUAAUCAGUUUUAACCAUACUGUCUGAUGAAAAAGGAACAACUUUGCUCACAACAGCAUCCCAAAGGAGCCGCAGUAUAACUCUGCAUUGUUUGCACAGCAUCAGGGUAAUAGAACUUGGGUCAGAAUGAGGAUUCUGAUACAACUGAGAUUUAAAAUAACAAAUAGUAAUAAUUCACAAUUCUGUCUGUGGCCUUGAAGUAUCUAUAUAUGCCAGGUUACUAUUUUUUAAUGUAAGUUGAGGCUCAUAUUCUCUUGCUACUGCAUCAUGCUGAAGUGGGAUGCUGAGCCUGCUUAUUGUAUAAAGGGUCUCUUGUUUUAGAAGAGACUGCUCUUUGUUUUGCACGUGACCAGCAGUUUUCUUAAAUAUAUGAAUCUAUGAAAAACCACUGUAACUGAACACUCAGGUGAUAGUGUGGUCUGUAGAGGCCACAUCCAAGUAUAUUUUUUCUAUUGCUGAGUACUGUACCAGACUGGAUGUGAUGACCAGUGUCCAGAUAGGGCAAUAGUGUUAUGAUGUUUCUGUAAAAUAAGAAGAAGCAAUAGAAGGGAUUUCUCUACCUAGGGGUCGUCUUAGAAGCAGUUACCCAAUAAGCUCAAUUAGGUACCUGGAGUAUCUCUAAAUACUCAAGAUGUUUUUCUUGGAUGGAGCUCUUACAGAAAGCCUAAGGAAAAAUAAUUAUAUUUAGCAAAAUGGAAACAAAUGUAGUGAUGGGGUAAUUUUCACAUCAGAAGCAGGAAUAGAUCAAUAAAACAGUCUAUAUUCAGUUCCAGUUAAGUUCUGAUUUAUGGUCUAUUAGCUAAGUUGUCUAGUUUAAAUUCUAUUGCUGAAACACACUAAAUAAAAAGAGGAAAAAGAAAUUCCAUCUCUAUUUUUAAAAAACUUUUUUUUUCAGAUAAAUAUUACCUCCUGAGGUUGUAACUUUGACUUUAGUGAAAUGAACUGAAACAGUAGUUUAAUACCAACUGUAUUUUAAUUCUUGAUUUAAAAUAACCAAUGUACUAGUCUAAUAAAAGUAUUUUGUUUAUAAAACAUUUAA